GAGAACGCCAGGGAGCUGUGAGGGGGUGCAGUUGCGUUCCUGCUGUCCGGACACUUUUUUCUUCUACUGAGACUCAUCUGAUAGAUCUGCAGGCCAGUCCUCCCAGGGGCUGAAGUUGUGAAAUAUGGGUUUUCGAAGAAGAUUAAUCUAUCGGCGUAGACCAAGGAUCUAUAUAGAAUCUUCUGAGGAGUCCAGUGAUGAGCAACCUGACCAAGUGGAAUCACCAACUCAAAGUCAGGAUUCUACACCCGCUGAAGAGAGAGGGGAUGAGGGAGCAUCUGCAGCUCAAGGGCAGGAGCCUGAAGCUGAUAGCCAGGAACUGGUUCAGCCGAAGACUGGGUAUGAGCUUGGAGAUGGUCCUGAUACCAAGAGGGUGCGCCUGCAAAAUGAAGAGCAGACGAAACUGCCCACAGAAGGGCCAGAGCCUAAAGCGGAUAGCCAGGAAGAGGUUCACCCGAAGACUGGGUGUGAGCAUGGAGAUGGUCCUGAUGUCCAGGAGUUGGGCCUGCCAAAUCCAGAGGAGGUGAAAACACCUGAGGAAGGUGAAGGGCAAUCACAGCCUUAAAAGAAGACUAGCCGAAAUGAUGCAGGCUGCUCCUGUGGUGGAAAUUUGACCAUUAAAAUUCUCCCAAUAAAGCUUUACAGCCUUCUGCAAAGAA